ACAGUGUUGUGUUUGUUGUCCUUCGGGUCCAAAUCUCUCUCUCUCUCUCUCUCUCUCUCUGUGUCCCACUACAAACACACCUGUCUUCCUCACCUCCAUAUACAUUGAUAUAGUGACGCAAAGCUAGGUUUUAAGCCACACCAACGAUGGUAGCUGACCGUGGCAAGAAAUCGAAGGUCUCCGACAGAACCGAGGUCGAAGAUUCCGAUCACAUUGACACUGAACUCGUUCUCUCCAUCGAAAAGUUGCAAGAGGUCCAAGACCAGCUCGAGAAGGUUAAUGAAGAAGCCAGCGAGAAAGUUUUGGCGGUUGAGCAGAAGUAUAAUGAGAUUCGCAGGCCCGUCUAUGUUAAACGAAAUGAGAUCAUCAAAUCUAUUCCUGACUUUUGGUUGACUGCUUUCUUGAGUCAUCCUGCACUUGGUGAUCUUUUGAGCGAGGAAGACUCAAAGAUUUUCAAGUAUCUAGAUUCUCUUGAUGUGGAGGAUUUUAAAGACCUGAAGUUAGGAUACUCCAUCACAUUUAACUUCAAACCUAAUCCUUAUUUUGAAGAUUCAAAGCUGAUGAAAACCUUUACAUUCUUGGACGAGGGAACAACGAAGAUAACUGGCUCAAACAUCAAGUGGAAGGAAGGCAUGGGUGCUGCUAAUGGAGUUAAUCAUGAGAAGAAAGGAAACAAAAGGCCGCCUUCUGACGAGAGCUUCUUUAGGUGGUUUAGUGAGACUCAACCAAAAGAUAUUGUUGAGGGGCUUCAUGAUGAGGUGGCGGAGAUAAUUAAGGAGGACUUGUGGCCCAAUCCUCUCAAAUAUUUCAACAAUGAAGCUGAUGAGGAUGAUUCUGAUGGAGCCGAGGAGGAUGAGGAAAAAGGCGAUGAUGAUGAGGAAGAUGAUGACGACGAAGGUAGUGAUGAGGAAUAGGAGGACAGCUGAACUAUCAUGUCUGGCUUUCCAUUUGCUUUCAAAGUUUUGUUCAUGGCAGUGUCAAGGAAACUCUUUGAAUUAUAGUUUUUCAGUUAUUUCAGAUCCCUUUUUAUAUACAAAAAACACUUUAGCUUAGCUUGUAGUUAACUGACUGCCGCGAGAGCUGCUUUCUUCUCUGCUUUGCAUGCUGGGCUUCCCGGCGGAUUGAUAUCUAUCCGGUGUUAUGUUUUGGUUGGUGAAGCAAAUGAAGUAUUGUGAGGGGAAAA